GCUUUCCAUAGAACAGUAGCUUUGAUUUGAUAUAAUAUUGUAUUUCUGAAAUAUAAUAGUAAAGGAAUAGGUUUAACAACUUAAAAAUAUAAUUUAUUAUCAAAAGAAAAAAGGAAAUAGAAAUGGCCUCUCCUGCCCCUGCUCCAACCACAGCUCCUGCUGCAGCCAAAACACCAGAAGCCAAAGCACCAGAAGCCAAAGCACCUGCUCCAGCUCCAGCAAAGGCUCUAGCAAAGGCUCCAGUUAAGCCCAAGACUCCAAAACAACCAGUUAUUAAAGCUGAUGCUAUCUUUCCUCCAGAAACUUUAUUGAAAAAACAAAAAGCUUUGGAAAAAAACAUCAAAGCUUUAAAUAAAGCUAAAGCUCAACGUAAAAUCGCUUCAAAAGCUAAAAGACAAACUAUCUUCAAACGUAAUGCUGCUUACCAAAAAGAAUACUUUGAUUCUGAACGUGCUUUAAUCAAAGCUAAGCGUGAUGCUAAGAAAGCUGGUUCAUACUAUGUUGAAGCUCAACCAAAAUUGGUUUUUGUUAUUAGAAUCAGAGGUAUCAACAAAAUCCCACCAAAACCAAGAAAAGUUUUACAAUUAUUAAGAUUACUACAAAUCAAUGCUGGUGUUUUUGUCAGAGUAACAAAAGCCACUAGUGAAUUAUUAAAAUUAAUUGAACCAUACGUUGCUUACGGUUACCCAUCAUAUUCAACUAUUCGUCAAUUAGUUUAUAAGAGAGGUUAUGGUAAGGUUAACAAACAAAGAAUUCCAUUAACCGAAAACUCUAUUAUUGAAGCUAACUUGGGUAAAUAUGGUAUUAUCUCUAUCGACGAUUUAAUCCACGAAAUUGUUACUGUUGGUCCAAAUUUCAAACAAGCUAAUAACUUUUUAUGGCCAUUUAAAUUAUCUAAUCCUUCUGGUGGUUGGGGUGUUAGAAGAAAAUUCCAACAUUUUAUUCAAGGUGGUUCUUUUGGUAACCGUGAAGAUAAUAUUAAUUCAUUAAUUAAAGCUAUGAAUUAGAUUGGAAUAUAAAAUUAAAUUUAAAAUCAAUUUAUUAUUGGAAAGUUGUUUGGUUUUAUUUUUUUUAUUUUCAAUUGAUUUCUUUUCUUAGUUAUAUAUUAUAAUAUUUUGUUUAUUAUCCUCACUGUAAUAAAAGUAAUCAAAAGAAACUCCUUUGGUUAUAUAUGUACCUGACUUUUCUUAAAACUUUUUCUAUUUUUUUUAUUUUUUUAUUUCCUUAAUCCCUUAUUUUAUAUGAUGAGAAGAGUUAAAGAUUCCAAAUAGAAAAGAAAAAUUAAACAACAGAUCCAAUUUAGAAUAAUGAUAAUAAAUAUAAUGAAAACUACAUAUAAAAGCCUUUUUCACUGUAUUGUAGCAUUGAUAAUUAAUUUGUUUAUCUAUUUAUUUAUUCAUAUCUAUGUCUAUAUUAUAAUCAUCG